AUGACGUCGAGUCGCCAAUUUUCGGUGGAGAGCGACUACAUGUCAUUGGAUGCAAUUCUCGCAGCUGGGUCGACUGUUCCAAUGCAAUUGAACGAGAAUGCACCACCCGGAAUCUUUCCACUCAUUGGUCACGCGGCACCACCAUCGAUCGGCCCACGAGGAAUUCGAGUCGACAUCCCGCUUUGGCUUGCAUCAAGUGUGAAAGAUGGGCAUUACGGCAUGGCGAUGUAUCCGACCGGUUACAACAUAAAGUAUCAGAAUGUGCUCCAAGCAAAUGCCGACACAAUGUCACUUGACCAACUACAUCACUAUUACUACACUUUUGGACAAUCACUAUGUCGAAUAAUAUCCCUGGAUUUGGCCUCUCCACUUUCGAAAUCGCUUUUGAGUACGUGGAUACAAAGAUGUGGGAUUUUCUUUUCACGAUCAUUGCAGGGACAAACGAGAAUUGACGGCGCCACAAAAGAAGAGCUAGCGGUUUUUAUGAUUGGAGUUAAAACAAAAGAGGAUUUUGAUAGGUGGCUACGGGCUGAGAAAAGACAAGGUUCGAAUAAGCGAAAGUUGGCGCCAUAUAACCGA